AAUCAUUAAAAUCCCAUAUCUCAUGGUGGCCGGCACUUCCAUGCCAUAACUCAGGUUAACAGACAAAUUUUCUGCAAACUAGAUAUACACCCAAAUUUUCUUAAAAAUCGCAUAGUGUAAAGAAGAAGAAGAAGAAUUAAGAAGAUGACUCUCAAAGUUUAUGUUGAUCGAAUUUCUCAACCUGCUCGAGCUGUUCUUAUCUUCUGCAAGGUCAACGGGAUUGAAUUUGAGGAGAUUAAUGUAGAUUUAGUCAAAAAAGAACAUAAACUGCCUGAAUUCAAAGCAAUAAACCCUUUUGGCCAAGUUCCGAGUAUAGCUGAUGGAGAUUUCAAGCUUUUUGAGAGUCAUGCAAUUCUAAGCUAUCUUGCUUGUUCGUCCCCGGGUGUUGCUGAUCACUGGUAUCCAAGUGAUCUACAGAAGAGGGCUAAGAUUAACUCAGUCUUGGAUUGGCAUCACUCCAAUUUACGCCGUGGUGGAGUUGGCUUUGUCAUACAAACAAUACUAGGACCUGCACUAGGUAUUCCUACUAGUCCAGAAGGAGCUGCCGAAACCGAGCAAGUUCUGAUCUCAUCUUUAUCAAAAAUUGAGUCAGUUUGGCUUAAUGAAAAUGGGAACUUCUUGUUGGGUAAUAAGGAACCGUCCAUUGCUGAUAUUAGCCUGGUUUGCGAAAUCACGGAAUUUGAGGUUUUGCAUGAAAACGAUCGCAUCCGUGUAUUAGCUCCAUUCAAGAAAGUGUUGAAGUGGAUUGAGGAUACAAGAAUUGCAACAAGCCCUCAUUUCGAGGAAGUGCAUAAAGCCAUAUUAGUAUCAAAGGCGUCUUUGCACAAACUACCAGUUGAUGAAAACUACGAAACCGCAUCAAGCAUCAAAGCCAUGCGUGACAUGGAUAUUGCAGCAGAGUAGUAAGAUCUAUGUUCUCAUAACAACUCCAUCUCACGAAUCUGCUUGACUACAACUUUAGAACGUGAUGAAAUGUAACAGCUUAUUUGAAUAAUUUCUUGUGGUACAAUUUUAAUGUUAUUGUUGAUACAUGGAAAAUAACACCCCUUAAAGAGUCUGGAGUGUCCACGAAGAGGUGGUAAACGGGGACUUGGAGACUAAGCCCAAGUCCAACAAGAAAG